AUGAGUCAAUUUCAAUUAUUUCCACCGCCAUCGCCAGAGGUGAAGCCCAAGAACCCAUUCCGAAAGGGUGUGCAAAGACCAGUCCCAAAAGCAGAGACUGGACCUUCAAUACCUCUCAAUGAACUCAAAGUUUCUCCCAACACAACUGAGUCAGUGCUGUUUCAAAUCAUCGAAGAUACACAGGCUCUUCCUCCCCCUCCUCCACCAGCGCACCUUGCCCGCUCAAAGUCUCCGGCAAAGUCGGUGUCAUCUCAUGGUUCCCAAUCUGCACGUAGCCGAAGUCGUUCAGACAACCAGUCGAGCCACACAGCUUUGCCUUCUCAGAGUAGCUUGAGCAAUAGCAGCGGCAGCUUUCGGACGACUACAUCAGCUACUUCACCCGAGUCAUUUCAGUCAUCUGCUUCUCCGAUACCAAUGCGGUCAAUGUUUCCCCAAUUUGAUCCCAAUAAACCUCUCGAUAAACAAAGCUAUCAUCCUCAAAUGCCUAGCAGCGCCCCAGAUUCGAAGGGAAAGGCAUCUCGCCGACCCAAGCUUACACUGUCCCCGACAUCUGAGAUUGACCAGGUUCUCGGGCCAAAGACUGUACCUGCAAGUGUGCUGAACUUUCCCAUUGGUGUUUUAGACUCUGAAGAAGCCCGAUUCUCUACGCCGCAAGAGUUGGAGAUGCUAUGGGAAGCUGCAAAUGGCCAACGACCGCAGAACCUUCAUGGAGCGUUUAACUUGCGCUUGACAAAGAUCGGGCCGGCAACCUUUACAUUCGGCAAUUCGGAACAACCAUUCUAUAUGCUGCAAACAUACUCGAAUAACGAAUUGGCUAUCUCUCGGAGCGCGCCAUCAAACCCCGCGAACGAUGUGCCUAUAAUGACAUUGAAUCUUGAGAGCCGUAGUCGUCGCGAGCACCCCCAUGACGGACUUGUCGCGCUUCUCUUUUCACGGCUGGCCGCUAUGCUUGCAAUCGAGCAAGCAGAUGAAAUCAGUAAACAGCACCAGCUCUCCGGCUCGGAAUCUAGAGAGGUGGAGAACAAGGCCCUCCAGCGGGCCGCAGCUCAAGAGUCUUGCCGGCUAUCUUGGAAUCGCAACCUGAGACUCUAUGAGCUUCGGCAUCCCUCUUUGUCCAAACGGCACCCUCCAGCACUCGUAGGGGCGGCAGGUAUUCCACUCUCUCCUGUUCAGUCCCAGUCCUCUGGAAUACUUUAUAUCACUGUCUCUACCUCAUCCAGUGAUAGCAGCCCCCAGCAACCACCGACAAUCAUUGUUACUGGCCCAGUGUCGACAUCGUCUAUAGAGUCUGCACAAGAAGCUGCCAAUCGACGCACCUCAGUCCUCCCCGUAACAGACUCCGACGAACCACUCGCAACCUUGGACUUCGCUACUCGGACCCUGUCCAUCUCCCCAGCUGCCGUUAUCGCCACUAUCCCCUCACUCUAUGCCAUCGACUCCCUAAUUGCUGCAAUCCUGGCGGUGGCUGUCUCAGACGAAGCUACCAACCCAAUUCUUGCAAACAUGGAACUUGGAUCUCCCAAAUCAAUAGUCUCGAGCAUCACACCAAGAUCACGGCAGGGAAUGCCGUUCCGUGGAAAACUGAUCACAACUCUCGCAGAACGAGAGGACUAUGCCGAUAGUCUCGAGCUGGCAUCCCAGAUUGAAGCCGCGAAGGCCAAGCAGGCUGGACCGGAAUGGAAAGACUUCUUGAAAUUUUGGGAUCGGUCCAAGUCUGCGCCACAAGACGAGCAGAACUCUAAAUCUAAGAAGCGGCAGAAGAACCAGAAGAUCGUGGUCGAAGAAUUUGAUCUGGAGAAGUAUGGUCGGUAUGGGCAUACUUCGUCGCGCGAAGGAGAGAAGUUGCCUGGUCUCGUAAGGGGCAUAUUGAAGAUUCUAUUCUUUGGCUUGGACUUGAUCGUCAAGGCAUUAACGCUGUUUGUUAAAAUUUUGGCAUGGGUUUUGGUCAAUUCGACGCGCUGUUUGACAAGUGAGAAGUUCUAA